AUGCCAAUUGCUGCCGUGCAGCUCCGCUCUUUGCGGUUGAGAUCUAGCUACAUCGAGAUCUCGAAUCUCCUGCGGGGUAGAUCAGUCGCUUUGCCCAGACAAUGCUAUAGUCCAAUUCAGGCGCCGCGGCAGUUCCAUGCUCGGGCUUGUUUGCGACAGGAGGAGCCUCCUAAACAGCUUCCUGCUUUUCUGGAGGCCUACAAGCGGGCUGUGGACUUCCCUCCUGCUACCCACGACUUCGAAACGUUCUUCGCACAGGCUGAGCCAAACACGGAAGUAGUGCUACAUGGGUACCUCGGAAACCGCGCAGACCUGUCCAAGAAACUGUCCUUCGUGCGCCUAUCCGAUCCCACCCUACAACACAGCCUACAAGUUGUAGCAUUUGCCAAGAACGAUGCCUUCGAGCAGCUAAAGACUGUGAACGUGAAUAGCCCCGUGGCUGUGCGCGGGACAGUCCAAAAGAAAAAGACUAAGCCCUCAGAGGCGGAGAACACCACAGCCCAAGACAUAUGGGAGCUCGCAUUGGAAGAGAUUCACCCCCUCAACGACUUCCCCAAGGAGAUUAUAAUGACGCCUGAAACGGUCUUCCCACCUGAGCAACGAUACCUCCAACUGCGCUCAGAUGCAGGGCUGCGCGAAGCACUGCGUUUCCGGGCCCGCGCGCACAAUCUUUGCAAGAAAGAGCUGGAGGAGCAAUGUCGGCCGCCGUUUGUGGAGAUUGAAACCCCGCUGUUGUUUAAGUCUACGCCGGAAGGUGCACGGGAGUUCAUUGUGCCUACACGGAGGGAGGGACUGGCUUAUGCUUUGCCGCAGAGCCCGCAGCAGUAUAAGCAGAUUCUCAUGGCUAGUGGCUUGCCAAGGUAUUAUCAGUUUGCGCGCUGUUUCCGGGAUGAGGAUUUGCGUGCGGAUCGUCAGCCCGAGUUUACUCAGCUUGAUAUGGAGAUGUCUUUCGCGACAGGCGACGACGUCAUGCGCACCGUGGAAGGGGUCAUUCGCCGACUUUGGUCGACGUUGAUGAAAGACCCUGCCCCGGAGGGCCCAUUCCGCAAAGUACCCUACCAGGAAGUCAUGGCCAAAUAUGGCUCUGACAAGCCGGACACUAGAUACGGGAUGGAAAUCAUUCGAAUUGAUCAUGUUCUCCCCGUGGAUCUAGUCGGCAAGAUUUCUGACCUGACCAAUCCCAUCGUGGAGGCUUUCAAGCUCGAAGGAAAUAACAAUGAUCCCGCUGAGACCCACAAGUUCAUUACCCAGUUCCUCGACUCCCCUGCAGGUGCGCCGUUUAACAACAACCCAGACGGUGGCCCAGGCGUCUUCAUCUACAAUGGCAAGCAGCCCCUCUGCGGACUACAGCCCUUCGGCUUCGAAGCCGCCGAGCAAGUCGAGGAACUGCUGGACCCUGACCACGGCGACCUGAUCGUUCUGCAGGCACGCCCCCGUGCACCUUUCUCCGGGGGUUCAACCCCAGUUGGUGAUCUACGCCGCGCACUGCACGCUGCCUCCGUCACAGAAGGCUUCAAGCCCGCCCCGACCGGAUUCGACUUCCUCUGGGUCGUCGACUUCCCACUCUUCUCACCCUCCGUAGACUCGGAGCCCGGUCAGGGCGGCGCAGCAGGCUUCUCCUCCACACACCACCCCUUCACCGCACCCAAGACCCCCGCCGACGUCGAUCUCCUCCUCACAGACCCCACCCAGGCGGUGGCUGACCACUACGAUCUCGUCGUGAACGGCGUCGAGCUAGGCGGUGGCAGUCGCCGUAUUCACGACGCAGCCGUGCAAGAAUUCAUCUUCCGUGAUAUCCUGAAAAUGCCAGCUGAGCGGUUGACCGACUUCUCGCAUCUGCUCGAUGCGCUCCGCUCUGGCUGUCCGCCGCACGCUGGUCUUGCGCUGGGCUUUGACAGACUCGUCGCUGUUAUGCUCGGCAAGGAAUCCGUGCGUGAUGUGAUCGCUUUCCCGAAGACUGGUAAGGGGGGCGAUGAUGCCAUGGUUGGAGCGCCGAGUCCCAUGACCGAGGAGGCAUUGAAGACGUAUCACUUGAAAUUGAGGAAGUAA